CUCUUCCGAUCACCUCACAGCCAAGUAAAAAAGAAAGUAAUGGGAUCGGUCGGAGACAUCUAUAAAGCUCAGCAUGCCGAGGGUCCAGCAACUGUGCUGGCUAUUGGCACUGCAAAUCCAUCCAACACCAUGUACCAGACUGAUUUCCCUGAUUUCUACUUCAGAACCACCAAGAGUGAGAACAUGCCUGAGUUGAAGGAGAAGUUCAAACGUAUUUGUGAAAGAUCAACGAUUAGAAAACGCCACACCUUCCUUACUGAUGAAAUGAUCGCAGAGAAUCCCUCAUUCUAUGAUCCAACAGCUCCAUCACUUGAUGCACGCCAAGAUAUUAUGGUGGCUGAGGUACCUAAGUUGGCCAUGGAAGCCGCAACCAAAGCUAUCAACGAGUGGGGACAACCCAAAUCAAAGAUUACUCACAUUGUAUUCACUACCAUUUCCGGUGUUGACGCACCGGGAGUCGACUUCCAGCUCAUUAAACUCCUUGGCCUUUCCCCAACUAUUCGACGUGUGAUGAUGUAUCAUCUUGGAUGCUACGGUGGUGGCUCUGUGCUUCGUGUUGCCAAAGACCUUGCCGAGAAUAACAAAGGUGCUCGUGUACUCGUUGUUUGCUCAGAGCUCAACUCCAUCAGUGGCUUCAAAGGACCCGAUGAGGCAGACUUGCAUGCCCUACUAGGGAUGGCAAUAUUUGCAGAUGGUGCAGCAGCUUUGGUAGUGGGUGCUGAUCCAGACACCUCAAUCGAGCGUCCAUUGUUCCAACUCUUCUCGGCAGGGACCCGGAUUCUCCCUGAUUCAGAAGAAAUGGUCGCUGGACACUUGCGUCAAGCUGGUCUUUCAAUCAGUUUAACCAAGGAUGUCGCCAAAACUAUUGCUGCAAAUCUUGGGAAAUGCUUGGAGGAAUCAUUCACCAAAAUAGGCAUUAGUGAUUGGAACUCUAUUUUUUGGGUAAGUCACCCUGGUGGGCCUGCAAUCUUGGACUUGGUCCAAAAGACACUUGGCUUGAAAGAAGAUAAACUGAAGUCAUCAAGGAAAGUGUUGAGUGAAUACGGUAACAUGUCAAGUCCCACAGUAUUGUUCAUUAUGGAUGAGGUGCGAAGGAAGUCUAUGGAGGAAGGGAAAGCUACAACUGGUGAUGGGCUUGAAUGGGGUGUGCUAUUAGGGUUUGGACCGGGACUCACUAUAGAGACGGUUGUAUUGCGUAGCGUCCCUACAACUUCAGCUCAUUGAGUGAACAUUAAGUCGUCUACAAAUGAGAAGAAGUCUCAGUUUCUAU